GAAAAUCCUUUCACUCAUUUGACAUCUGCAUUUUUAUGUGUUUAUUUUAAGAAAUUUACAAAAUUAUUUAAGUUAAUUAUUAAAAAAUCAUCAACCAUGGACGAAGAUAAGAAACAGGCAAGCCAUCCGUCCACAAGUAAAAUCGAGGAUCGAAGCAACAACUCCCGGCAGGACGUGCGGGAAGAGGAACAAGACGUGCAAUCAAAUUCAUUCGUAUCAGAAUCAAGUGUGUUCACCGACAACAGUUAUAUAACGACCGCCAACGAGGCUCAGGAGAUAUCAAAAAUUAACAGGAUAAUGAAAGAAAUUUCCGAUCAGAAGAAAGGUAAGACACAUCGCGUCGGCAAGGUGCAAAGGCGGCGAGCUAGACCUAGAGCUAGCCAAGGUUUAAGAAGACCUGUAAAAUAUGAGCCUAGAAGUCGAAACACCAGAAGAACUCGUGACUUCUCCGUGUCUACGUUAUUCCGCGGAAUGCAAACCCGCUGUCAGUACUGCGGGCACCGAUGUCGCAGAAGAUUUAAUGGUAAACGAAGACGUAAGAAUAUUUGGAGACGAAGACCGCGGAAACUUGAAAAAGUUAAAAUUAUUAAAAGAAGACGACGUACUUUGCAAAGGCAUAAAUUAAAUUCAGUGUGCAUCCAGGCAGGCUCCACCAGCAAGAUGCUGUCUUCUCUAUUUAUGAAUACAAAUAACCAAUUAAUGGACAAUGAGAAUGAUAGAGAAGAUUAUAAUGAGAUAUCACCGGAAAUGAUUUGCGAAGCAUUAGAAAGACUUGGUAGAUGGAAGCAAGCUGUCCACACUAAAUCCAUAUUGAAAUACGUGCGGAUGAAUUAUCCAGUCACUCCUAACAUCACUUUAUUAGAAAGGGACUUGAGAGAAAAGCUUUAUAUCGCCACGGUCUCCGGCAUAGUAACAGACUUGAAGAACGACAACUGGGAGCUGACGACGUCAUUACAAGAGCAGAGAUUAACAGACACACACGUUACUCUCUUCUGGAAGAUCUAUGCAGACACCAUGACACCAGUUACUCUCAAGAAGAAUGUUCCAGAACCAGACAAAAAUUCGGAAUAUGCAGAGAUUGACAUACGUUAAAAUACAAGUUGAUUUAAAUUAGAGUAGAAUUCCAUUGCGGUGAUUUGUUUUGUUAUAAAUGAAAUAUGUGUAGCCUUUUUUUAUUUCACUGCAGUAAAAUUCUACGGUUAGAUAUUGAGUUCA